AUGGCUCUGAUCAGGGAGAAGAGGCUUCCGCAGCUGCACCUCGCGCUGCCCGUCCCGUCCCGCGCCGCCGCCCAGGAGCUCGGCGUCCUCGGCCGGCGCCCCAACCCCACGGCCACCAAGGCCUCCACCCCGUCGGCGCUGUCCAGCCAGUUCCGCCUCGCCGACUUCGACAAGCUCGCCGUCCUGGGCCGCGGGAACGGCGGCACCGUCUACAAGGUGCGCCACCGGGAGACGUGCGCGCUCUACGCGCUCAAGGUGCAGCACUACGGCGACCCCGCCGCUGCCGCCGAGGCGGACGUCCUCAGCCGCACCGCCUCGCCAUUCGUCGUCCGGUGCCACUCCGUGCUCCCCGCCGCGGCCUCCGGCGACGUCGCGCUGCUCCUCGAGCUGGUUGACGGCGGGUCGCUCGACUCCAUCAGGAGCCGCCGCGGCGCGUUCACGGAGGCCGCGCUCGCGGAGGUGGCCGCGCAGGCGCUGUCGGGGCUGGCGUACCUCCACGCCCGCCGCAUCGUGCACCUCGACAUCAAGCCGGCGAACCUCCUCGCCAGCACGGCCGGGGAGGUGAAGGUCGCCGACUUCGGCAUCGCCAGGGUGCUCGCCCGCGCCGGUGACCACUGCGCGUCGUACGCCGGCACCUCCGCGUACAUGAGCCCGGAGCGGUUCGACCCGGAGGCGCACGGGGGGCAGUACGACCCGUACGCCGCCGACGUGUGGAGCCUGGGGGUCACACUCCUUGAGCUCUUCAUGGGCAGGUACCCGCUCCUCCCCGCCGGGCAGAGGCCGAGCUGGGCCGCGCUCAUGUGCGCCGUCUGCUUCGGCGAGCCGCCCGUGCUGCCCGACGGCGCGGCCUCGCCGGAGCUCCGGGGGUUCGUCGCCGCAUGCCUGAGCAAGGACCACCGCAACAGGUCGUCCGUCGCGGAGCUGCUUGCUCACCCGUUCGUCGCCGGGAGGGACGUGGCAGCGUCGAAAUGCGCGCUUCGGAAGCUGGUCGCCGACGCCUCGUCGCCGUCGUUGGAGUGCCGGCAUACGUGA